AUGGGUACCAUUGUGGCAGGUUCCAUUCUGGUUGCAAAAGGCGGCCAUGGCCUUUAUUUGGGCCUGAUAAUCAUCUGGGCUGGUCCCUUCAUUCUAUUGCUGUGGAAUCUUGCGUAUCAAUUUGUUAUUGGCCUACCAAUAUCUAAUACUUUCAUACCAAUUGCUAUCCCCACGAUUUACCUUUGGGCCGUCGAUACUUUGGCCCUGAGACGAGGCACAUGGACAAUUGAAUCCGGCACCAAGCUGGGACUUUGCCUUUGGGAGGGGCUUGAGAUUGAAGAAGCAAUCUUUUUCUUGCUCACAAAUGUACUCAUCAUACUUGGGCUGGUAGCCUUUGACAAUGCCUUCGCCGUCCUACAAACUUUCCCACAUAUAUUCCCAUCACUACCAUCUAUUCCUUCGCCAUUUCUCCUCGUGGAAGCUUUGAUCACUUCGACUCAGGCGUACGACGAACGGAGAAUAGAAGCUCUGCAACAAGCGCUCGCACGGCUUAAGGCCAAGAGCAGAAGCUUCUACCUUGCAAGCAGUGUCUUUCAGGGACGGCUGCGGGUAGAUUUGAUCCUACUGUAUUCCUUUUGUCGGGUGGCGGACGACUUGAUCGACGAAGCUAGAUCAGUAGAGGAAGCAAGAGAAUGGAUCAGCAAACUUCGUAGCUAUCUGGACUCCAGGUACGAUAAUGGCACCAGACGGAAGAGUAAUCCUCUGCAUGACCCCAUUGGCAUUGCGUUUCCUGCAGAGGCGCAAGCAGCUCUGCGAUAUUUGCCAACGGAAUAUCUGUCUCCGGCGCCACUUUAUGAUCUACUCAGAGGAUUCGAGACGGACCUAAACUUCGCCUCUUCUUCGGCUCCUUUUCCGAUUCGAGACGAGGACAGUCUCAAUGAAUAUGGAGCUCAAGUUGCAGGUACAGUCGCAGAAUCGUGUUUGGAGCUUGUGUAUCAUCAUACUCAACUCCAGACGCAAAGCUCGCAGAAAUCUCGAAUCCUCGAAGCUGGUCGUCAGAUGGGGGUUGCGCUUCAAUACGUCAAUAUAGCUCGAGAUAUAGCUGUGGACGCAGUCAACAAACGGGUAUAUCUCCCAACCUCUUGGCUCAAGGAAGAGGACCUUCUGCCAGAGAGUAUACUUAGUGAUCCCUACCAACCUACAGUCGAACGAGUGAGGCAGCGCUUGUUAGACAGAGCGAUGGCUAUCUACGAGCCAGCCAAGUCCGCAAUCGAGGAGCUGCCAGCAGAAGCUCGAGCCCCAAUGCGAGUUGCAGUUGAAAGCUACGUUGAAAUUGGGCGAGUGCUCAGAACGCCGAAUUACAGAGUCAAGGCUGGACGAGCUACAGUACCCAAACUGAGAAGGCUUCGAGUCGCGUGGAAGGCGUUAGGGCAGUAA